CCCAUGGCAAGACACCCAAGGCUGCGGACAGACUGGUUCCUUCCUCGCGGAGAGCUUGCCAGAGCCUAUCUCGGCAUCCUCUGCGUCAGACGCGUUCAGAGAGACCGUGCGGUGAGGACCGACGGCGACACAGCUUCGCGGCGACUUGGAAGUCUACGCUCCAGUACAGAACUGCAACAAGAAGGUAGGGAUGAGAGUUAGGACUUCGUGGAAUUCUCCCCCGUCACGGUUCGCUACCAACACCAACAACCCAAUCCGUGGCUUUGUCGAAGACGCGGGCCUCGUUCCCAACGCCGAGAAAACGCUCAUCUCGCUGUCGAUCGGCGACCCCACCGUGUUCGGCAACUUGGUGCCAUGCGAGGAGAUACUGGCGCCGAUUGAGACCAGUCUUCGAAGCCUGAAGAACCAUGGCUACAUUCCAAGCACAGGUACACAAGCAGCCAAACAAGCCAUUGCAGAGUAUUCAUCCACACAGGAACUCAGCGUGAAUCCACAGGACGUCAUACUGACAUGCGGCUGCUCACAAGCGCUGGAGAUGUGCGUCACCGUCCUCGCAAACAGCGGACAAAACAUCCUGAUUCCAAGGCCAGGAUUUUCCGUCUACAAGACGCACGCAGAAUCCGUUGGUAUCAAGGUCAAGUUCUACAACUUAUUGCCCGAGAAAAGCUGGGCGGUUGACCUCGUGCACCUCGAGUCUCAGAUCGACGCCAACACGGCAGCGAUCGUGGUGAAUAACCCGAGCAAUCCGUGUGGCAGCGUCUACUCCAAAGAGCAUCUCAAUGACAUCCUGGCUGUGGCCGCGAGGAAUUUUGUGCCCGUCAUCGCCGACGAGAUAUACGAGCACUUUGUUUUUGAAGGACAACAGUACCACCCAAUGGGAUCCCUAAGUGAAGAUGUGCCCAUUUUGUCUUGCAGCGGCCUCACAAAGAGAUUCCUGGUUCCCGGCUGGCGAACAGGUUGGAUCGUAAUCCACGAUAGACACGACGUGUUCGCGCGUGGGGUGAAGCAAGGACUGCAGUCCUUGAGCCAAAAAAUAAUGGGAGGGAACGCCCUUAUUCAGGGAGCGCUCCCUUCCAUACUGAAGAACACGCCGCAGAAAUUUUACGACGAGACUGUUUCCGCAGUGCAAAAAAAUGCCGAAAUUGCGUACAAAGCGUUAUCAACGAUUCCAGGCAUGCGACCAAUCAUGCCCCAAGGAGCCAUGUACUUAAUGGUCGGCAUCGAGAUUAGCAAGUUUCCCGAGUACGACAGCGACGCCGAAUUUGUGAAGGCCCUCUUCGCGGAGGAAUCGGUCUUUUGCCUGCCAGGACGGUGUUUCCACUAUCCGAACUACUUCCGCAUCGUGCUCACGGUGCCGCAAGAGAUGAUGCUCGAGGCCAUCGACCGGAUCGCGGCGUUCUGCAAGACGCACUACAUUGACGAGAACAGGCUCGUGCAACGAAGCGAAAGCAGCCUUGUCCUCGGUGGCGCGCCGAUCGCCAUGGAGGCCCGAGGAUAACGUGUGCAGAAACGACGUUGUGCAAAAGUGUUGCGGCGGACGGACAGCGCGUGCAGCAAGAGAGACAUCUGUUUACAUCAACAGGAUCAAUGUCCGCAUUUAUGUAUAUAACAUAGGAAGCUUCCGCGACAGUGUCACCAGGCGUGUCAGAGCACGAAAUGGGAACACCGACACUUAUUUUUAACUACUGCGAAACUGUUUUUAAUUACUAAUAAAUUUUACGUUU